AUGUGUCUGGAGGGAGAUAAAGAUAGGAUCAGUGAAUUACCGGAUGCACUUGUUUGCCACUUACUUCCUUUCCUUCCAACGACAUGGGCUGCGAGGACCACCGUUUUGUCCAGAAGGUGGAACAACGUAUGGACUUGUGUUACCAAUCUAGAUUUCAACGACGAAAGAGAUUUUUGGUGUAACCAUGGCUACAUCAAAGAGGUUAGUCUCAAGACUUAUGUCAGAGACUUUGCUCGCCUUGAGGGUUGGAUUUGCACUGCCGUUAGGCGUAAUGUAGUUGAACUUGAUCUUGAACUUUAUGCUGGCAAUGAAAAAGAACACACUUUCGUGUUGCCUAUAAGCGUUUUAAUCUGCAAAACCCUUCAGGUUUUGAAACUGUGUGGGUCAUUUUGUAGUUAUAUAAAUUAUGCUCCUCCUCCUGCUUCAGGGUGUUUCCCAAGUCUCAAAUCCCUGGAGGUUCUUCGAGUUCCUUAUCCAGAUAAGGGCUUAAUGGAAAAGCUUUUUACAAACUGUCCUGUACUUGAACAUUUGAUUAUUGAGGCGGUUCUUGCAGACGAUGUAGCUUAUAAAAUCCAGGUCUCUGCGCCUCAACUGAAGACGUUGAGAAUAAGUUUGCAUGAACAGUAUUUUAUGAACAGUGUUUGUAUUGAUGCUCCAAAACUUGAAAGCCUUGAUGUGGAGACAGGUGCUCUCUUGGAUGCAAGAUCCCUGAUCAGUGCCAAUGUUCAUUUACGGGACAAUCGUUUUCAAGUAAACCGAGCUUCGUUUGCCAAACAUGCAACUGCGCUUUUGGCUGAAAUUUCCAAUGUUAAAAAUCUGUCACUCUCAGCUUCUCAUUUAGAGGCUGGGUAUCUCCCCUUUUUUCCUAAUUUGAACCGAUUGGAGGUGGUUAUUCGACAUCGCGAUCAUUGGGAUUUAAUAGGAGUAUUGCUGGACAAAUCACCUAAUUUGGAAGUGAUUUUCUUGUCAGGUUAUGGAACCCCUAAAUGCAAUCGAAAAGAUUCAGAGCUUCAAUGGGAUCCACCAAAAGUUGUGCCUUAA